AUGAAGUGGCAUAGUCUUAUCGAUAUUCUGCGCAUCAUUAUUGAUCUAUUAAAUUUGUUAGAACAAUUGCUCAUUUAUCUCCUAGGUGUUAAUGACGAUGAAGUACUUUUCUUUGUUACUCUAAUAGGCAUUGGUCUUUGCUCCAAACUUUUAAGUACGUUGAGAUGUGCACGUCUAGAAAUACUUCUUCUUAUCUCGGUUGAAAUAGGAGAAUUUCUCGCCUACCGUUUCCUUUUGCAGCGCUCAGUGGCUGUUCUCAUCAUAAGUACUUCUCUAUUAAGUGUUCAAAUUAUCAUGUACUUGAUUGUUUUAUUACUAAUUCAUCAUGUACGCAAAAGACGCCCGCAAAAGACUUACUUCAAUGAUAUGCCGGAUUCUUUACAAGAAAAGUUCAAAAGUGAUCUUUGUGAAUUCUUAUGCUAUACUGCAAAUUUUGAUAUGUCGGAAGCCAUGACUGCCUCUGAUAAAGACAACAACAAUGUCAAAACACCUGACAUGUUAAUUAUGAUGGAUUAUUUUAAAAAACACGUUUUUAAAUCAGAUCAUUAUUUGCUUCAGCCAUGGUAUCGAGCAACAAUCUACUCUAUGUGGUCAUAUAUAAUUUAUAAUGUGUUUGGACUUUUGAGUUUCACAAUGCCUACCGAAUCGGCGUUUCGUGAAAAUCGUUACUUUGAUAUUCUCGUAAUGAUUUUACUCUUCGUCUCGCUAGAAUUGGGAACGGACUUUUCUUCCACUAUCAGCAUAAAUCAGUCAAAAUGUAGCAAAGUCAUCACAGCCUUCGAUUUAUGGAAGAUACCGGUUUUGAUUUAUGGUGAUAUAUGUUCCAAAAGUUUCUUGGCGUGUAGUAUUCUCAGAAUUCUUUAUAAACGAGGUCGACAUCAAGAAGAGAUGAGUAUCAUUCGAUCAGUGCAGUAUAGAAUCGAUCGUCUGGAGAAUUCUAGCAGUGCUUAUAUUUGCUGGCAAAUAAUUCUGUACUUCAUUCUUGUUCUACUACUUUGCCAAACAGGUGUUGCCUGUUUCGUUCUUUGUAUUAUAGAUUGGGUACACAAGAAAAAUCCCAAGGACGGAUUUGAAUAUAACGUCUUUCUUCUUAUAUGCGGCUAUGGUAUUCUCUUCAUGGCAGUAUUAUUGAUCCUGGCCAUUGUUGGAUGCAUCAUAUUCUGUGUAAAGCUCCGCCAAUGGUUUAAUCAUGAUAAUAGAAUCUUCCCAGUAAACCCCUCCUCUUCAUCUCACGGCUCAUCUGUCGACGGGACACCAAUUGAUGAAAGACCAAUAUCUGCAAAAUCUCAAAAUGAUACUCAGCGAAUUGAACAGUCGAUGUCGCAAAACUCAUCGAGUGACCAUUCGACAGAUCUUUCGAAAAAUCAAACUGAGCAGAAUUUAUCGAGGGAAUUACUUGAUAGAUGGAGCGACCAGAUGUUUCUCACAAUGCAUAUAAUUUUUAUACCACUAAUAAGUCGCCUGGAGUGGACUAGGUACUGUUUAGGAGAAGAAAAGAACAGAUCGUCGAAAACCAGACGUGCAAUACUUAUUACCCACUAUGAAAAACAACUCCGAUCGUUACAUGAACACUUAGAUGAAGAACGUCGACAAUAUCAACUGAGCAGCUCAUUUAUACAAGAAAAGUUGAUGCAAUGUCGAGAUCAGAUUCGAAUCGCUUUAAACGACUCCGAAUAUCAACCAAAUUUAGAUGACGAAUUUCAUCUCGACUUCGAUACCUUACGACGUAUCCAACACCAGCGUUUACACACUAAGGAACCUAAGAAAAAUUACGGAUGCUGUCGUAGAACUUAUAAUAUACUCUGCAAAAGUAACCAUCAAACAUAA